AUGGAGGCCGCCCCGCCGGCGACGCCAGAGCUGGCCGACGAUGCCAGCAUCCCCUCUUUCCGUGGAGAGGGAGACCAGCGCCAUCAACCUCGCACCCUCAUCCGUGCAAUCGUGGGCGCCAUCGACGCGCACGAUAAGAAGCGCGUCGUGGUGGGCGGCUGGGUGAGGACCGGCCGCAGGUCGUCGAGCCUCUUGGCCUUCCUGGAGCUCAACGACGGCUCCUGCCAGCAGAACCUCCAGGCCGUGGUGAAGGGCCAGGUGUACGGCGACCUCCGGCGCCUCACGCCGACGGGGACGUCCGUGCUCUUGGAGGGCGUUCUAGAGAAACUCGACGGAGCCAAGUACAAGCAGCUCAUCGAGCUGCAGGUGGAGAAGGUGAUCGACGUCGGCGAGGUAGACGCCAGGGUGUACCCGCUACCCAAGACCAAGCACACGCUCGAGGGCCUCAGGGACAUCCCCCACCUCCGCCCACGCACUGACACGAUAGCCGCGGUUGCUAGGAUAAGGAGUGAGCUCGCCUUCGCAACACAUAGUUUCUUCAGGGAUGAAGGUUUCUUGCACGUACACACACCAAUAAUAUCAACAAGUGAUUGUGAGGGUGCCGGCGAGAUGUUCCAGGUCACCACCUUGUUCAGUCAAGCCGACAAGGUGGAGAAGGAGCUCAAGGAGAAUGGCGCCCCACCGUCAGAAGCCGACACCGAAGCCGCGAAGCUUGUUGUGCGAGAGAAGGGAGACGCCAUUGCGCGGCUUAAAGCAGCAAAAGUAGCUGGCAAGCAAGAGAUAAGCGCCGCUGUUUUGGAGCUUGAAAAGGCCAAAGAGAUUGUUUCCAGCCUCGAAGCAGAGAGGUUGAGAUUGAGACCAGGGAUUCAACGCAAGGACGACGGAACUAUCUCUUUCGAGAACGAUUUCUUUAAGCGCCCGGCUUAUCUCACCGUCUCUGGCCAGCUUCAGGCUGAGACCUAUGCGUGUGCUCUCGGCAGGGUGUAUACCUUCGGACCGACGUUCCGGGCAGAGAAGUCGCACACAUCAAGACAUCUGGCCGAGUUUUGGAUGGUCGAACCGGAGAUGGCGUUCACCGACCUGAAAGAUGAUAUGGACUACGCAGAAAGAUAUGUCAAACACCUCUGCAGGUGGAUACUUGAACAUUGCAGUGAAGACAUGGAAUUCAUGGUCAACCAUCAUGAUAGGACUGCGAUUGAGCGUUUAGAGCUUGUUUCGGAGACGCCUUUUAAGCGCAUUUCAUAUACGGAGGCAGUCGAGAUAUUGGAGAAUGCAGAUAAGGAGUUUGAGAACAAGGUCGAAUGGGGAAUCGAUUUAGCGUCUGAACACGAGAGGUAUUUGACUGACGUAGUAUUUGAGAAGCCAGUCAUUGUUUAUGACUAUCCAAAAGAAAUAAAAGCAUUCUAUAUGAGGCUCAAUGACGACCAAAAGACAGUAGCUGCUAUGGAUGUUCUUGUCCCCAAGGUUGGUGAAUUAAUUGGUGGAAGCCAAAGGGAGGAGCGCCUAGAUAUUCUUAAACAACGGUUAAUCGAUGGAGGUUUGGCUUUAGGGCCAUACGAGUGGUACCUGGACCUUCGACGCUUUGCAGCUGUCAAACAUAGUGGAUUUGGCAUGGGCUUCGAGAGAAUGCUCCUUUUUGCUACUGGCCUCGACAAUAUCAGAGAUGUCAUCCCCUUCCCAAGAUGCCCUGGGAAGGCUGAUCUUUGAAAGGCUGCCACGCCUUCUGUUUUAAAUAUGCAUGGUCUUUCGGCGCAGGUUUUGCGUAUCU